AUGGACAGCGAUAAUUACGAUUCCCAGUCGGGCGAUGACGCCGAGAAGUAUUUCGCGCCUUCGGCAUGGCCACCAACCGACCGGGACCCUUUCGAGGUAUCUUUCGAUGGGAUCGAUGACCCUUUUUGUCCACACAGCAUGUCACUGCUUCGGAAGUGGACCAUAGUUACAAUACUAUGCAAUGUAACGAUCUGCGUUACCUGCACUAGCUCAGCAUACACAUCCACAUACACCCAGAUGAAUACCGAAUUCGGCACAUCAUCUCUUGUCUCCACCCUCGGACUGUCAACGUUCCUCUUAGGUAUUGCCUUUGGACCACCGAUGAUCAGCCCUUUGAGUGAGUAUUACGGACGACGUCCUAUCUACCUCGGUACAUGGUCUCUUUUCAUCCUUUCGACAAUUCCAUCAGCAGUUGCAAAGAACAUUCAAACAAUAUUGGUUACUCGAUUCUUCAGUGGUGCUUUUGGCGGUACCUUCCUCUCAGUGUCAGGAGGGACUGUAGGCGACAUCUUCCUACCACACCAAAUCCAACACCCCAUGUCACUUGUGUCGCUAGUGCCGUUCAUGGGGCCUUGCGUGGGCCCGAUAGUCGGCGGGUUUAUCAACUACAACAUCAAUUGGCGAUGGACCUAUUAUAUCAUGAUCAUCUGGUCUUCGAUGUUGAUGGCCAUUAUUGUGUUUUUUACGCCCGAGACCUUUCAUCCAAUCAGGUUAUACAUGAAGGCCAAGCACCUCCGCCAGCAGACUGGCGACGACCGGUAUCGAGCGCCGAUGGAGAAGAAGAGCGGAGAUAUUCAGCCGUCAAAGGCUUCCAUCAUAGCGGCCUCCAUGCUACGACCUCUGCAGUUCAAUUUCUUGGAGCCUAUGUGCCUCUGCCUCAACGUAUACUCGGCCAUUCUACUGGCUAUACUGUACUUGUUCUUCCUGGCGUUCCCGCGUCUCUUCCGAACGGAGUAUGGGAUGAACCUAUGGCAAGGUGGUCUUACAUUCCUUGGCAUUAUUGUAGGCAUGUGUUUGGCUGCAGCAUCAUCACCAGUCUGGUCCAUCAUCCGCACGCGACUUGUGGAGAAGCACGGGGCUAGUGAGCCGGAGUUUCGAUUACCGCCGGCCAUGUUGGGCGGGUUUCUGAUACCGAUCGGGUUAUUUUGGUUCGGCUGGACGAUAAGUCCCAAUAUCCACUGGAUAGUCCCAAUCAUCGGCUCCGGUGUCUUCGGUUGCGGAACGGUUCUAGCCUUCACUGGCAUAUAUACCUUCCUCAUCGAUGCGUAUGCAAAGUAUUCUGCAUCGGCACUGGCGUCUAAUGGAUUGACUAGGUGCUUGUUCUCUGUUUCCAAGCUAGUAUUAUGGAAUCCCGCGAUAGAGUCAUCUAAGGCAGCGCAUUCUCCUGGAAUAGCCCCUCUAUAUAUCUUCUCGCCCAUUCUGCUGCGUUCUUCAGCGCCUGUAAAGACCAAGAUGACGCGGUCAUAUUGA